AUGCCUUCCUACAAUCGCUUAGACCCCUAUGCGGAGAAUGGAAGUCGCUCGCCCGUCAUGAAUCCUCAUUAUACAGACAAUCGCACUCCCUCCCCGGGGCGGCCAUUACAGCCAUAUCAACAUGAAACAGAGUUUCAACCACUGCAGAUGCCCUCUACAGAUCAUCUGCUAGACCAGCCUACGUACUCGGUCGAAGGAAUCAACAACUCGUACGGUCACAACGAGCGCUUCGAGGAGCAUCAUACACAGAACUAUCCUCACGAAUAUACUUUGCGCCCCGAAGAUCACCACGAUGCGUACUAUAACCAACCUUAUGAACCAACCGGCAUUCCACAUGAUGACUACGAUCUAUCAAAUUACCCCCAUCAAGAGCCUUCCACUUACCCAGAAGAUCGAGUUCCCAUCCUGCAAGCGGAUAAUCCGUACGGCCCAAAUCCUUACCAACCUCCAGAAUAUACACAUGGCGACGACAGUAUCGCCAACGAAGCGGGCGGGCAGCCUGAGCACGGUCCGACACCGCCUGCAAUGGCUCCCAGCCCAGCACCAAUUCGACGUUGGAAGACUGUCAAGGAAGUCCAGCUGUUUCGUGGAAACUUGGUUUUGGAUUGUCCCGUGCCUCCCAAACUACUAAACCAAGUCCCUCACGCUCAACCGCCCGAACGUGAUGAAUUCACUCAUAUGCGUUACUCGGCCGCUACUUGCGAUCCAGCCGAGUUCUACAGCGAUCGGUUUACUUUGCGACAGAGCUUAUUUGCGAAACCCAGACAUACUGAACUGUUCAUCGUCAUUACCAUGUAUAACGAAGACGAGUUCCUUUUCGCCCGUACAUUGAUCGGCGUUUUCAAAAAUAUCGAGUACAUGUGCUCAAGAACUAACAGCAAGACCUGGGGAAAGGAUGCAUGGAAGAAAAUUGUCGUGUGUGUCAUUAGUGACGGUCGUGCCAAGAUCAACCCUCGUACGCGUGCGGUGUUGGCUGCACUCGGUGUCUAUCAGGAUGGAAUCGCUAAGCAGCAAGUCAACGGCAAGGACGUUACCGCACAUAUUUACGAAUAUACCACGCAGCUGGCCCUAGGAUUGAAAGGCACACAAGUCUCUAUCAAGGGACGCUCAGCAACUCCUGUGCAAAUGAUCUUUUGUCUGAAGGAAAAGAAUCAAAAGAAGAUCAAUUCUCAUCGUUGGUUUUUCCAGGCUUUUGGCCGUGUGCUCGAUCCCAAUAUCUGUGUCCUGCUCGAUGCGGGUACAAAACCCGGCAGGGACUCCAUCUACCAUCUUUGGCGAGCUUUCGACUUGGAACCAAUGUGUGGUGGAGCUUGUGGCGAGAUCAAAGUCAUGCUGGACAAGGGAAAAAAUCUCAUCAAUCCGUUGGUUGCAGCACAAAACUUUGAAUACAAGAUGAGUAAUAUUCUUGACAAGCCGCUGGAGUCGGCUUUCGGUUUCAUUUCUGUGCUGCCGGGUGCCUUUUCCGCUUAUCGAUAUGUUGCUCUACAGAACGACAAGACGGGCCAAGGACCCCUUGAGAAGUACUUUGCUGGUGAGAAGAUGCAUGGUGCCAAUGCCGGUAUUUUCACUGCAAACAUGUAUCUGGCAGAGGAUCGUAUCCUGUGUUUCGAGAUUGUCACAAAGCGCAACUGCCGCUGGGUCCUCUCCUAUGUGAAGUCAUCUACAGGAGAGACAGACGUGCCAGAUCGCAUGGCUGAGUUCAUUCUCCAGCGUCGUCGUUGGCUGAAUGGAAGUUUCUUUGCUGCCGUUUAUGCCAUUGCUCACUUUUAUCAAAUCGGGCGCAGCAGCCACAGUUUCAUGAGACAGUUCAUGCUUGGCUUUGAAUUCAUCUUCCAGACUAUCAACAUGCUCUUUGCCUGGUUCGCAAUCGGUAAUUUUUUCCUCGUCUUUCACAUCCUCACGCAGUAUCUGGGCUCCGCCGACCUCUUGGGAACCCCUGGAGCAAUUCUUGGCGUUGUCUUUGAAUGGAUCUAUCUCUCUACAUUGGUGGCCUGUUUUAUUCUCUCGCUCGGUAAUCGCCCGCAAGGAUCAAACAAGUUCUAUAUGACAAUGGUUUAUUUCUGGGUUAUUGUCAUGAUAUACUUGACGUUUGCAGCCAUCUUCGUCACGGUCAAGUCCAUCCAACAACAGACCAAGGAGAACGGAUUCACUUUCAGUGAUCUUUUUACCAAUCAGCAUUUCUUCACUAUUAUCAUAUCGCUCGCAUCCACCUAUGUGAUGUGGUUCGUGGCGUCGUUAGUCUUCUUCGACCCAUGGCAUAUGUUUACUUGUUUUAUCCAAUAUCUUUUGCUUACACCGACUUAUACUAAUGUGCUCAACGUGUACGCCUUUUGCAACACUCACGAUGUCACAUGGGGCACAAAAGGAGACGACAAGCCCGAGAAACUGCCGUCAGCUACGGUCAAGCCAGGUGGAAAAGUCGACGUUAGUAUUCCACAGGAUGGAGGUGAUUUGAAUGCACAGUACGAUCUCGAGCUGUCGGCAUUCGCAACCAAACCGCCCAAAGAAGUGCGCGUCGUUUCCGAGUCAGAGAAGCAAGAAGACUAUUACAAGGGAUUCCGUAGUGGUGUCGUCCUGGUGUGGAUUUUCUGCAACUUUGCACUUGGCGCUGUCGUCUUAAGUACAGCUGGAUUAGAGCAUCUCAGCCCCGGCAGUUCGACAUCAGACACUGACGCCAGGCGGGCCGACAUUUACAUGUCGGUGGUUCUGUGGAGUGUUGCUGCUCUGUCUUUGAUCAAGUUUGUUGGCGCAAUGUGGUUUUUGGUUGUACGGAUGUUCCGUGGCGUUUAA